AUGCAAAAAGAAAUACCACAUGAAAUCAUCCAAUUACUUGAUGGAAUUAAGUUUCAGAAUGAAAAAAUCUUUGAGAUGCAAGAAGAACAAGUUCAAUGGAAUAAACAACAUGCUAUUAAUCUUAAAUGUAUCUUAGACAAAAUCAAUGAGAUGUAUCAAAUCAUUAGAGACUUUAAACAAACAAAAACGAAGUCUAUUCAACAAAAUCUUAAUACUCGUCCAUCUCUUACCACUACUUUCACUCCUAAAUCAAUCAAUAACUCAUUACAAAUCAUCCCUAAUGAAAGUUCAUCCAAAAAGAGAAUUUCUAGUCCUAUUAUCAAUAAAUCCUCUCAUACUACUAAUGUUAAAAAUAUUCAAAACACACAAAGAACAAAUCCAGUCCAAUCAUUGGUUGAUCUUCAAGAUAAUUUACUUAAAAGAACUAAAGAAAUAUCAAAAACACCAACAAAAAGACUUGAAAUAGAAGAUAUUCCUAAUCAAAAGAAAUCUAGAUUAAAUUAUAUUAUAUCAACUAGUGUCAAUGAUUUACUUAAAUUAGAAGAGGUAUUGAUGAGUAUUGAUAGUGAAGAAGUGUUUGAUCAAAUUACUGAAGAAAAUAUUAAAAAAAUGAUUCCAUGCAUUGUUAAUAUUUUCAUUGUUGGAGAUAAUCUUCAGAAAGAGUUUGUUGCUUUAGAAUUUGUUUGGGAAAUCACAAGAAAACAUGAACGAAUAUUUGAAGGAACUGAAGGAGUUGUUUUAGCAAAUAAAUUACUACAUUCAUUACAACUCUUUUAUUCAACACCUAAUGUUCAAACAGAUGAUUGUCCAUUGAAUUCUGAUGAGAUGAAAUGGUUAUUUGAGUUUUUCAUGAAUUAUUCUAAUUGA